CUUCUUCUUCUUCUUUCUCUGAAGCUUUUGGUUUUCGCGUUUCUUUGAAUACGCGGAAACUUAAAGCUUUCAGAAUUUUCAAUUUUCAAUUCCCCUUUCCAGUUUCAUAAUCUUCAACCCCACUUUUGAUAUAUAUAUUUUUAUAUUUUUGGGGUUUUGAUUUGGGUAAUGGGAACCCCGGAAUUCCCUAAUCUCGGGAAGCAUUGCAACUUUGCAGAAUGUAAGCAGAUCGAUUUCUUGCCCUUUACUUGCGAUUGCUGUCACCAGGUCUUCUGUUUGGAGCAUCGUAGCUACAAUAGGCAUAGUUGUCCAAAAGCAGAUAGAUGGGAUGUCACCGUUGUCAUUUGUCCGCUGUGUGCCAAAGGAGUUCGUCUCAUUCCAGAUCAAGAUCCAAACAUUACUUGGGAGAUACAUGUAAACACUGAAUGUGACCCAUCGAAUUAUGAUAAAGUCACAAAGAAGAAAAAAUGCCCUGUACCUGGCUGCAGGGAGUUGCUAACGUUUUCAAACACAAUCAAAUGUCGGGACUGCUCAUUAGACCAUUGUUUGAAGCAUCGGUUUGGACCUGACCAUAAAUGUCCUGGACCAAAAAAACUCGAACCAACAGGUUUUCCAUUUGUUGGUCUAUUAAACAGAAGUAGAAAAGAAGAGAAAGGGCCUAAGAAAGCAUUGUCCACCACAUCCUCCUCUAAGUGGACUGCGUUCCUUAAUGCAGCCUCAUCUGUUAAAGCCUCAGCCGAAGCAAGCAUGACGAAGUUGUCAAAUGAAUUCAGUCAAACUUGGAUAUCAUCAGGUAGCAGCAGCAAUGGGGGAGGUGGAAAUGGACAAAUUGAGCAAUGUCCACAAUGCAGUGCUAAGUUUUCAUCAGUUUCGUCAUUAAUAGACCAUGUUGAAAAAGUUCAUGAAAGGGGUGGAAAUCGAACUGGGCCGAAGAAGGUUGUGAUCGAUGCUUGUCCAAAGUGUAGUAGAGGAUUUGUUGACCCUGUUGCCCUUGUGGAACAUAUUGAGAGGGAUCAUGGUGGCACUUCGAGAGCUUGAGUGUACAUAUCAGUUUAUAUAUUAUGAGGUAUGAACACCGACUCAAUCACAAAUUUAAUUGUUUCAUCAAACUACUAUCCCAUGAUAGUAUAGAUCAUUGUGACUGCCAUUUGUAAACUUCGUUUUUUUUCCCCUUUAUGUUAAAAACUUGUAAUGUUGAUUAAUUUUGGUAUGAAGAGAGGUGAGAAGAAGUUCAUUGUAGAAUAUUUGAAGAAUUGAAUUCAUUAUCAGUUUCGUG